AUGACUUUACUGACAAAAGUUAUUUGCUUUAGUAUUGCUUCACUUGCUUGUUUAAGUUCAAUCACGCAAGCUGUGCCGUUAUUGGACUCCCAUAUUGUCUCUCUCAAAUCGCGUACAGCGAAUUGGACCAAUCCUAUUACUUGGGAUGAUUAUUCUUUGAAGAUUGAUAAUGAACGUGUGUUCUUUUGGGGUGCAGAAUUUCAUCCUUUUCGUUUGCCUAGUCCUGAUCUUUGGGUUGACGUACUGGAGAAAAUUAAAGCAUCUGGAUUUAAUGUUGUUCAGUCAUAUUUUCAUUGGGGUUUCCAUAGUUGGAAUAAUCAAACAGUUGACCUUACUGGGAUCCGUGACAUGGAAUUAUUUUUGCAGAUGGCUCAUGAAGUUGGUCUAUAUGUCUCAGCUCGACCUGGACCAUAUAUUAAUGCUGAGACAACAGCAGGAGGAUUUGCACUUUGGAGCAAGAAACUCAAAGGUACAUCUCGUACUUCUGCCCCUGAUUGGACAGCUGCUUGGAAACCUUAUAUCACCAAGAUGGCUACACUUUUCAACAAGUAUCAAUAUCCUAAAGGACCUGUGAUUGCUGUGCAAAUCGAUAAUGAAUAUUGGACUGAUAAAACAGCAGGCAAAGAAUACAUGGCUUUACUUGAGCAAGUAUAUGCUGAUGCUGGCAUCUAUGUACCUACUUUUCAUAAUGCACCUAGUAAUGGUCAGAGUCCUUGGUCAGCUGGUCUUGGCUCUACAGAUCUAUUAGGUUAUGAUUUUUAUCCGAUUGGAUGGGGAGAUUGUCCUUUGAAUUCCUCUGACUGGAGUCAACCUUAUAAACCUCCUUACACCGAAAUCGUCAAGUAUAAGCAAGGAGUGCCUCUUUUUAUUCCUGAACUAGGUGGUGGUGCCUUUGAUGUAUGGGGUGGAGUAGGAGAAGAUGUUUGCCGAAGACAUACCAACAAUCUUUAUGAAAGACUCUAUGAUCGUUGGAACUUGGCCAUGGGACUCACCAUGCAAAGUAUCUACAUGACUUUUGGUGGCACCAAUUGGGGUAACCUUCGCUUCCCUUCUGAUUACACAAGUUAUGAUUAUGGUGCUCCUAUUGAUGAAUCACGUCAAAUCGGAUCAAAAUUGUAUGAAAAAAAAUUGCUCAAUUACUUCCUGUUGGUAGCCAAGGAACUGGCAGAAACGCACCCAUUUGUAGGCAAUGUUUCUGAUAAAUCCGUGCGUGAUGAUAUUCGUCGUAAUCCUCAAACUGGCUCUGAAUUCCAUAUUUUGCGUCAUGAAGAUAAAACAAGCUUGGCUGACACUGGUUUUUCACUUUUGAUCGGAAAUAUUACUGUGCCUCAAGAAUCAGGAACUCAAAUCAGAUUGAAUGGACGUGACUCUAAAAUCUUAUCUGCCAACCUUGAUUUCCUCAAUCAUCAUUUGAUUUAUGCUACAACCGAUGUACUGACCUGGGGUACUAUUGAUCAAACUGACUUUUUGGUGUUACAUGGUCUUUCAGGUGAAGACGGUGAAAUUGUUUUGGAAAUGCCUCAUGGUUCCUCACCAAAAGUCCAAUUCUUUGGUUCCUCCAACAACGGCAAAGCUUCUGUAUCAGAUAGCAAACUUCGAUUGAACUAUGUUGUCAAGGGAUUGAUCAUUAUUCAGAUAACCAACAUUGACAAUCCUUUAACGAUAUUGGUGGCUGAUUUGGAUAAUGCUUAUCAAUUCUGGCGUUUGGAUACACAUAAUGGCCCUGCUUUUGUAUUUGGUAGUUAUUUGGUUCGAGGACUAUCAUCUACUUCUGGAUCCACACUUUCGAUUCGAGGAGAUACAAAUACUACAAGUAACAUUGAAGUAUUUGCAUCAAAGCAAUUCAAGACCAUCGCGUGGAAUGGAAAUAACAUCAAGAUGUCUCCUACUAGCUAUGGAUCUUCUAAAGGAAAACUUCAAGGUCCUAAAUCCGUAUCUGUUCCUAAGCUUUCUAGUUGGACUGUUGGAUAUGAAGCACCUGAAAGGCUAUCAUCGUUUGAUGAUGAUGAUUGGACAAUUGCUGAUCAUACGACUACCAACAAUCCCAUUCCUCAACCUGAUGGUCAACCUGUACUUUAUGCUGAUGAUUAUGAUUUCCAUGUUGGACAUAUUUGGUACCGUGGUCAUUUCAAUGCAACUGGUGAUGAAAAACAAUUGAAUGUCACUGUGCAAGGUGGUGAUCAUUCCGUGUAUUCCAUUUGGUUCAAUAGUCAAUAUCUUGGUACUUUUAAUUCCAAAACUAGUGCUACUCCAGAUUUGAUUAAAUUACCCUCUACUGCUCUCAUUUCCAAUGGUUCCAAUGUAAUCUCUAUUCUUGUGGAUGGUAUGGGCUCAGAUGAAGAAGGAGGCACUGAUCAAUUCAAAGCAUACCGUGGCCUUUAUGAUGCUCGGCUUUUGACAUCUUCUUCAAAACAAUCUACAUCCACCAUCACAUGGAAAUUACAAGGUAAUUUGGGUGGUGAAAAUAUCGUCGAUACCUGUCGUGGUACCUUUAAUGUCGGUGGCAAAUAUGGUGAACGUAAAGGCUGGCAUCUUCCUGGAUUCCCUGCCACCAGCAAAAAUAACUUUACAAAUGGUGUCACUCUCCCUCACAACUUUGGCCCUGCUGGCAUUGCUUGGUAUUUUACUGAUUUCAAAUUGGAUUUCCCUAAAGGUACAGAUAACCCUGUGGUUGUGACAUUUGAUAAACCAGAUGAUAAACAACUGUAUCGCGCCGAAUUUUAUAUCAAUGGAUGGAAUUUUGGCAAAGUGAUUCCUAAUCUAGGUCCUCAAUUUGAAUUCCCAGUGCCUCCUGGUAUUCUCAAUACCAAUGGUAAUAAUCAUCUUGCCAUUGCUGUUCAUGGUCUUAAUGACAAGGAUAAUACGUUUGCUCCCGUUCAGCUCAAGGUACUCAAUUCCUAUUCAUUUGGCGGUUCAUCUUGGAAGCAAGUGAAGGCCCCUUCGUUCGAUGAAAAGGUGUAUGGAUCUUCCAGUUCGUUGGCUGCAUAA